AUGCUUUUACAAUUUCAACAAGGAAAUAGUGAAGAUCUUUGGAGUGUAAUUUCAGAUGAUUUAUGGAGGUCAAGCUCUGUAGCAGCUUUUUCUCAAAACAAUAACAGCAACAGCAACACGGAUGAAAGAACUCCUUUAUUGAACAAGAUUAUUAUACCCUCAGCCGCAAGAGUGAGUAAAUGGACUGAAUCCUUUUAUAAGCGUGCUUUUAUAUUAAAUAUACUACCUGUCGUAGUGGUGUUGAUAUGGUGCUCCGUGCCUAUUCCUUUUGACGACUGUGACACCAUACUGUGCGAAUACUUUGACUACAUCAACACUGCUCCUGCUGUAUCCACUGCAGCGUUAACAUCACCGCCCAGUCGAAUCAACUUUUGGUUCUUUCUCUUUUGGUACUAUGGAAUAUACAAUGCUGUUGCACUAUUCCUCAUGACAAAGCUGUUUAGCAUUUAUGCUUUAAAUUGGUAUCCGAGACUUUUAGGCGCUAAAAUGACAUUUGCCUUAUUCUGGAUGAUCAGCCAGACCAUAGGCAUCGUAUUUUACUUUGUGCCUAUCAUGAACGAUGAAUCUGUGUUUUGGGUCAGUCUAACCUUUUUCACCAUGUCAAUGCCUGUGAUAGGCGCUCUUGUGAUUAUCCAUAGAAAGAGGAUGGACCGUCGACAUCGAGGAAGAGUGGGUGUAUUGCUGUCUACAUCCACACCAGGAGAUGGCGAUUUUUCAACAAGACGAAAGAGUGCAAUCAUGGGAUGGAUCCCAACUGAUUUACCACGACUGAGAGCGCCCGCAUCGUAUAGACGAUUCUUAUGGUUUUGUACAGCGUUGACCAUUGCAUUACUAGCGCUGGUAGGAGGAGAGAUGUACGCCUACUUGUUUUUAUCAACAAUGCCUCAUACAUCGCUGGAUGCUUUUAUCUAUGUGUACAGUUGGGUAGCAGCUAUCUACAUUAUGGAUGCCAUGACAGACUAUAUUUUGUAUCGCAAAAUAAGAUCUCAUCCUUUGGCAAGCAUCUUCAAGCUUUACUUUUUCAUGAUUUACUUUAUAUUUUACCGAAACCUGUUUGCUAGACUGCGUUCUGUGGAUCAAUUUGCCAUUGUACAGCUUGGAUCGUUCUUAUGGGUCUGCAUCUACUAUCCGAUUGCAAUGACACCUCAAGUCCACAAAGCACUGGUUCGGUUCAUUGGAGUUACGUUGACGUACGAUGAAUACAAGGAAAAGCUGGGCAGAUCAUUCUACUUGAGAAAUCUGGCAGAGAACACAACCAUGAUUGGAUUUCUAUGCUGGGUGAAUAUCCUUCAUUUUGGGCCGAAUCGAGCAGCGUAUCCCUACUUUCAUAUGGACGAUAAAGAUGGAAACCCGUAUAAUCACCAACUCACAGUGAUUGCAGCGAUUAUUAUUUGGACCAGCGAGUUGACAAGUGCCUACAUCACUCGACAAACCUUCAAAAAGGCCUUUAAUCACUCCAUUACGCACCAAGCAGUGCGAGAAUUCGAAAGAUACCCAGAAAUGAUUAUUGGAUUUGUGCUUGUAAUGAUCCAUGUGCUGCAAAACAUCUUGAUGGCACUGGUGAAAUUGGAUUUUACAGCAAAUUUAGAAAAAGCUACUUGA